UCUCCCCUGCAGCGUGCGGGCGACGGGGCGGGGGCAGCGUGUGAGACCGCCGCAGCGCAUGACGCUUACCCCCGCGCUCCGCCACCGCCAGUCAUCGCUCACGGACGUUAACUGCAGCGUCAGGAGCGUCAGGAGACAGUGAGAGGAGCAUGGCGGGCGGCGAAGUCAAGAAAACGGUGGUGCCCAAUGGCGGACGGGAGGCGCGGGCUGCCAAGAUGGGUGAAGGUGAGGACCGCGAGACCUGGGGCAAGAAGGUGGACUUCCUUCUGUCGGUGAUUGGGUUCGCCGUGGACCUCGCCAACGUGUGGAGAUUCCCUUACCUCUGCUACAAGAACGGCGGAGGCGCCUUCCUCGUGCCGUACUGCGUGAUGCUGGUGCUCGGCGGCAUCCCUCUCUUCUUCAUGGAGCUCGCCCUUGGCCAGUACAAUCGCAAGGGCGCCAUUACCUGCUGGGGCCGACUGGUGCCUCUCUUCAAGGGCGUCGGGUUCCAAGUCGUCUGCAUUGCCUUCUACGUCGACUUCUUCUACAACGUCAUUCUUGCCUGGAGUCUUCGCUUCUUCUUCGCCUCCUUCACCACAGCCCUUCCCUGGACGAACUGCGGCAACGAAUGGAACACCCCUAACUGCAUCCACUCCAACACCACCAACACCACCGCCGUCCUGGACAGCCUGGAGGUGGCGGCGGCGGCCCUCACUCCCAACAAGACCACGUCGCCCGCUGAGGAGUACUGGACGCGUGUAGUGCUGCAAAGUCAAGAAAGUGGCGGCCUCUCCGAUCUGGGCAUUAUCAAGUGGGACCUGGCGCUGUGUCUCCUCGCUGUGUACCUCAUCUGUUACUUCUCGCUGUGGAAGGGCAUCUCCACCUCCGGCAAGGUGGUGUGGUUCACGGCUGUGUUCCCCUACGUGGUUCUCUUCAUCCUGCUCAUCAGGGGCGUGACUCUGCCGGGCGCUGCCGAGGGGAUACGCUACUAUCUCAAGCCUGACUUCUCCAAGAUCUGGGAGCCGAGGGUGUGGGUGGACGCCGCUACGCAGAUCUUUUUCAGUCUGGGUCCAGGGUUCGGUGUCCUCCUCGCCUUCGCCUCCUACAACAAGUUCCACAACAACGUGUACAAAGACGCCAUGGCCACGAGCUUGAUCAACUGCUGCACGAGUUUUGUCUCCGGCUUCGUCAUCUUCUCAGUGCUGGGGUACAUGAGCAACAAGAGUGGCAAGCCCAUCAACGAGGUGGUGGAGGAGGGGCCCGGCCUGGUGUUCGUGGUGUACCCUGAGGCCAUCGCCACCAUGCCAGGCUCCACCUUCUGGGCCAUCAUCUUCUUCAUGAUGCUCCUCACCCUGGGCCUCGACUCCUCGUUCGGCGGAUCGGAGGCGGUGAUCACGGCUCUGAGCGACGAGUUCCCGAUCAUCGGCAGGAACCGCAAGACCUUCGUGGCCAUUCUCUUCUCCGUGGACUUCUUCGUGGGGCUGGCGUGCUGCACCCAGGGCGGCUUCUACGUGUUCACCGUGCUGGACAGAUACGCCGCCGGCUAUUCCAUCCUGUUUGCCGUGUUCUGCGAGGCCAUAGCGGUGUCCUGGAUCUACGGCAUCGACCGGCUGAGAGAUGAUAUUCGGGAGAUGAUUGGCUUCGCUCCGGGUGUCUACUGGAGAACCUGCCUCAAGUUCUUCGCUCCGGCAUUCAUCGGGGUGAUCAUCGUGUAUGGCCUGAUCGCCUACAAGCCGCUGUCCGCCGACGACCCUGAGAAGUACCCGUGGUGGACUGACCUGAUCGGCUGGGUCAUGGCCGGCUCCUCCAUGAUCAUGAUUCCCUUCGUCGCCAUCUACAAGAUCAUCAAAGUCCCCGGACCCGCCUCCUUCCCGCAGCGCAUCAAGACGCUGACAAUCCCGUGGAGGGACCAGCAGGUGUCUGUGGGCAAUGGCGUCAGGUCGGAGGCUAACCAGAUCAUGCUAAACUCAGACACGCCGGCCCCUGACCAAGUGUAGGGCGCCGCACCACACUACACACAACACAACACAACACACACACACACACACUACACACUCCUCGUCCUGUGUAUCUCGACGAAGCAAUCCAUGACACUCCCCACACUGCACUACACUCUCCCGUAAGUUUAGGACACCACACACCACACCCUUGCCUCCCAACACCAUUUAGACCACACCCUUCUUUCUCCUUGAUGGCAAGCAGUGUCCCAUCAGGCUAUACACACCUGGUGGCCACAUCUGCUCGCCCACACCUGGUCGUCGCACCCUACCCUCUCAUCACCCACCAUAUCAAACCUGGAAAGCGUGUGUGUGUGUGCCGUCAGCGCCAAGCAGCCUCCAGGAUCAGCAGCAGCGCAUAUACAGCAGCGUCUCGAAGGUUUUGACAGCAGAAUUCAACUAACACCACCUUGAGUCGUGCCCCUGUUGCCACCUUAGGACUAACCAGUGGGAGUGAAGUUUGAUUGGGUUCCUGUAAGGUGUACUGACUCGUGGGAAGAAGGAUGAGUUGCUGUGUAGCCCUUGCGAGUGGAUUCUCAAGUCAUAGGACACGUUUAUAUGUGCGUUAAGUGUCACUAGUUCUAUCCCGGUAACAGUGUAAUUGGUAGUGUAGAGGGUGUAGCUAUGGCCUCCUCCCCCUAACCUCCUCUCCCUGUGUGAUGUGUAGUGUGUAGUCAAGGUGUAGUUGUUUCUGCUCUAGUAGUUCUUUCCUUUGACUAAUAUCGUAAUGCAAAUAUCUAUUCCGACUGUGUGGAAUUGAAAAGCACUGGAUUCGUGGUGUGGUUUUCAGGAUUCGCUCUGUUGUUCGUGGGACGUUUUGAAAAAGCAACGAAGCAUAUUUUAUCACUUUGAGGAGAAUAGAUGUGAUUGAAAAGCACUCCAUUCGUGAUGGUUUUCCAGGACUCGCUUUGGUGUUUGUGGGACGUUUGGAAGAGGCAACGAAGCAAAUUUUAUCACUUGGAGAGGAGAUACGAUUAGUUCCGUACAUCGCCAGUUGGUUUGACGCUGCUGAGUAAAACUUUCUAUGUCCUACAGUAAGAUUUGUUAAGCGAGCGAAGUGACGCUCCCGUGAACUGGCCGUGACGAGGAGAGGAAUUUAAGAGACGAGGGAGUGAAAUAGAGCGUGGCAGGGAUGUGAGGAAAGUAAGGUUGUCUGUGUUGCGUUUCGAGAAUCAUGUGUCAGGGUGUUGUGUUGGGAGAGGAUGGAAAGGUGAGGCGUGUUCAAAGGAAGUGUUAGGGAAUCGAAGGAAGGAGGAAGAAGAAUGGCAAAGUAAGGGACGUUCUUGGUCAUUCACUUCAAUUUAGUUUCUUGUUCUCAUCGCUCAUUACUGUUUUUUUUUUUUCUGUCGAGGAACGAUGCGUUUUUCCUCGUGUUCUUUUAUACUAUAGUUUCCUUAUAUUUUUUCAGUCUUAUGACUUCGUUUAGUUUUAUGUAAUGCAUUUGUUCAGUGCGAUAGUAAUUUAUUCACUCUCUCCGGGCCGUCGAGAAUUAAAUGUAUGAAUCGUGAAGUCCUGCACGUGAGCCGCUCGCCUCAGUGUGCGCGACCCAGCAAAAGACACAAUAGUAACUCCAUUGUAGCCUCUAGUCUGUAAUGUUAGUGCGUCAUUGCAAGAUAAGAAACUAAAAAAAAAAAAAAAAAAAAAAAAGA